AUGGCUCGCAAGCCCAACCUGUACCCAACAUGCGUGUGCCGACGAUGCGAGCUCGAGAAGGAGGAUAACGAUCACGUCUGGAAAUGCCCUUCGGCAGCUGAGACCACCACUGAGAUCUGGAAGGAGGCCAUGGGCAAGAUUAAUGAGUGGGGUGUGCAGGCAACAAACAGCUACAACGCAGCCAGGAAGCGAGAAUACAAACGCGCGGUGGACAGAGGUCGUCAGGUACCGAGGCCAGUACCCAUACACUGGUGGCCCCCUUCGGAUGCGGAUCAUGUGCGAGGAUUUUCCUCCAUCGCUGGAGCUCGAGCCGUGCACAGCGGUAGUCCAGCUCCCGAUCGAGACGAGAAACCGAUGUGGAAUGUGUCGGAUCUCCUCCGCGGCAUCACCCCCUUGAGCAUGUUGACUGAAUGGUCCGCGGUCUUCCGGACCCCAAUGUCCAUCGCCAAGACAGUCCUUCACAAGUUUGUUGGCUACCUGGAGGCGCAGGCCUCGGAGCUGAUCUGGAAACCUCGGUGCUCCGAGACGAUCGCGUGGGAACAAAGCCAGGGCAUCUCUGCCAAGGACAAGACAUCCAAGUACACAGGCCCCCGAGAGUGGGGUGUGCAGGCGACAAACAGCUACAACGCAGCCAGGAAGCGGGAAUACAAACGCGCGGUGGACAGCGGUCGUCAGGUACCAAGGCCAGUACCCAUACACUGGUGGCCCCCUUCGGAUGCGGAUCAUGUACGAGGAUUUUCCUCCAUCGGUGGAGCUCGAGCCGUGCACAGCGGUAGUCCAGCUCCCGAUCGAGACGAGAAACCGAUGUGGAACGUGCCGGAUCUCCUCCGCGGCAUCACCCCCUUGAGCAUGUUGACUGAAUGGUCCGCGGUCUUCCGGACCCCAAUGUCCAUCGCCAAGACAGUCCUGCACAAGUUUGUUGGCUACCUGGAGGCGCAGGCCUCGGAGCUGAUCUGGAAACCUCGGUGCUCCGCGACGAUCGCGUGGGAGCAGACCCAGGGUAUCUCUGCCAAGAACAAGACAUCCAAGUACACAGGCCCCCGAGGUGACUGGAGUCAAGGAUACGGUUACAUCACGCACGAUGGUUUCUGUCCGUGUGGCGCUUCGCUAGCCACACAUGAUGAAGGAAGGUGCCCUAGAGCGACCAAGGACCCACGCGCUGUUGACGAGCGGUUGUUGGAGAGUUUGUUAGGAAGGAGGAGGUUGUCAAUGAUGGAGAGGAUGGGAAGAAUCCCCUUCAUUCGUAUCUAG